AGUCACUGACCGACUGCAACAGUGCACUAUAUCGUCACGUUGGUCGUGCUGCCCUGAAUGAUUUCGCAGAAAGAACAUAAACAAAAACAAUAACAAACAUCGUAAUACUGCGCACCCCGUACCCGGUGACUACGACGGAGUGACUGAACAUUUUCCAGUAUUCCAUACAGACUUCUGAUCGAAUUCGAAAUACCGAAUUCGUUUUACAUUUUCGUCAUUAUUCGCAUUAAAACAUUUUUCCAAGUAAUAAUCAUCGAUUUUUCGUUCGCUCGUACACUGUCGUACAGUCGUAUUGACUUCGUGAUUUCCGCCGAAAGCUCAUAACAAACCGGUAGUCAUGUCUGUGGAUCUAACACCGGUCGACGGUAACAAUACACCUACUCUGGAUACUGAUUUGAUUGCAUUAGCAAUGCAUAAACUAUCAAUCGACAACACAAAUGUUACAGAUGUACUUACUGAUUGCAACAUUUAUCUCACUAGACUGAACCGUUCUGAUGUAUUAAAAUCAGCUAACCUCAUGGAUUUAAAUCUUAUUUUCGAUUGCUUAAAUACUACAGAUCAGAAACAAAUUGAAAUAAGCUGUGCAUUGCUCCAAAAACUUUUAUCUAUUUUACAGCCAAGUUAUGCUUUUAAUAAGUAUUCAGUCAGUAUUGAACGGUCUAUUCAUCACCCAAAUGAUACAGUUAAAUCUACAAUUUUAUCAGAACUGGAAAAAAUAUUGGCGAACGAUAAUAAUGUGGAUAUUCAAGUGGAUUUGGCAUGUACUAUAGUUGACUGUUUAACAAGCAGUGAUAUGUCUGUUUCAUACAAUGCAGUUAAAUGUCUUAAACGAUUUCAAAGUGUUGAAACCCUUUCAUCUAUUCCUAUAUUAUCAAAAUUACAAACUAUAAUGGCAAUGGAUGCAAAAAUACGUACACGUGUCUAUGAUAUCUUAAUUCACUGGGCUAAGUCUGUUGAUGCUUUGGCAUUGAUAAGUUCCAAAGGUCUCUUUUCUAAUUUGGUUACAGAUAUUACAUAUCCAGAUGUAAUGAUGCAGAUGGUAACUAUUCAAAUGUUAAUUCCUUUGAGCAUCACUGAAUAUGGUUUUGAUUAUUUGAAUUCUAUUGGAAUUAUAAGUGGGUUAUAUCGUUUAUUGAGUUCUAAUCCAAAAGAAUUGGAGGACCCUUUGGUUGUUAUACUUAACCCUAUUGUGUUAGAGUUUUUCAUAAAAAUUACACAUGUCAGACCACUUUUUAUAUUUACAACAUAUCCUAAAGUGUUUGUUGUAAUUUAUGAAAUGUUAAAAGAAGGAGAAGAUUCAUUAGUAGGUGUGGCUAUAAAUGCAAUCGCUAAUUUGGCAUCUUCCUGGGAGUGCAAAAUUUUGUUGGAUAAUCCUACAGCUAGUGUGAUUUUAAAUUGUGAAGAUGAUGACCAAUUAGAUAUUUGGAGUAUAUUCAUUAUAGAGCUAAGUCGUAUUGCUUCUAGUACCAAAACUGAAUUAAAAGCAGGAGCUAUUCAAGCUAUCACAAAGAUUAUUCAAAUAGAGAAUGGUGAACUUUCUUCCAGAAAUGAUAUGAUUGAACGUACAAAAAAAUGGUACAAACAAUUGAAAGAUAACCCAUUAAAAAAUAUUGUUUAUGCAUCAUGUAUUGUACCAUUUUUGGACAUACAGCAAGCUGGAUAUGAAAUGUUCCAGGUACUUGCCGAACAACCAUGGGGUCAAGAAGAUAUAAAUACAUGUUCAUCAUUACUGGAUCUUGUGUUUAAGGACUGUCCAAAUGACCCUAUUGUAAUAAAAGAUUUGAAAAAAAUUAUUAUUAAAACUCUAUUAGAGUCUAAUACUUCUAAAAAUACUUUAAGUGAAGAACUUUUAUUGCGAAUUCAAAAUAAUGAUAUCAUAAAAUCAAAUGAACAUUCACCUCAACCUGAUGUGUUGGUAGAAAAGAUGGCCAUUUAAUUAUUAAAUUAAUUUUUGAUUUUUUAAAUAUUAUUAUUCAUAUUAAUUAAUACAAAAUUAUGUAUAUUUUAUAAUUUAAUUAUUUAAAUAAUUUUCUAUCAUAUUACUGAUUGUAAGUUAGAAGCAGUCAAAUUAAUUUCAUUAAACUUUUUUUUAUUUUAAUAUUAUAUAAAUGAUUAACCAUUCAAG